AUGCAGCUCUCCAACCUCCCGUUCGUGCUCCAUGUUAUUAUAGAGACGGCUGCCGCUGCUUCUUUCAUCUUCAAACCAGCCAGCCAGUUACCCAAUCCUUCUGUCGCCGCUCGGCUGGUGUUGGAAUCCUUUGGGGGUUUGCUCCUGACCACAAACCUAAUAUGCCUGAUCUUCGUGUCACGUCCCGAGUUUGACGGCACCAGCAGGCUAGUGGCCAUUUCUUUGGCAUUCUGGCACGUCUGGCCGUGUCGUCGCGCCUAUGUAAGAUUGACGAAUCCUGCGGUGGAUGGGAAGACUAGCGACCAGGCCAAGACUCUGGGCGGCCCGGCAGCGCAUCUUGCGGUGCAUUUUGCGCUGUUCUCGCUGUUUGUCGGUGCUGCGUUCUUUGGAUAG